GCCUAGCAACCCUUGAGCGUCCGAGCGCCGCGCUGCCUGCGAGCCUCGCGCGCCUGUUGCUGCGUUUGCUGCUGCGCGUCGCCCGCGGGCGCCUCCACCAUGUCCCAGGUCCUGAGGAAGAGAUCGGGGCGACGGACAAGGGCGCCUCCGCGCAAGCUACCAGAUACCUUCAGAAUAUUUAACCUUACGUUUCCAGAAAGGAAUAACUUAAUAGAGAAGAUCCAGGACAAUUAUCCACCCAACAGACAACAGCCCCAGUACGUGUUGGAAUGGCGCAAUACCCCUCAGCCGCUACAUGCAAAAUGCAUCAGGACCAACACCAAGUUUUUAAAUGAGCCCAUAUUUUAUAUGGAUACGGAAGACACAAAAACCAAGCAGGAUUGUUGGUGGCCAGCUAGCGAGCCGUUGGUGCAGCGUCCUAAGCCACCUUACGACAAGCAGAGCACCCAAAGGUGUGACUUCCAGGAGCCAAGCUGCACCUUGUCUCGACCUAUUAAGUACAGUCGCAUCCUGCAGCCGUCCCGUGGAAUAGUUCCGCUCGCGGUGCCUCGAUCGCCAGUCAGCCUCCCAAGGCUUUUCGAGGAGCGGCUCACCUUCAACCAGCAUUACGAUGCCAGAGCGACUCCCUGCAUCCCGUAUCAAGGGAAGAAACAUGGCAGUUUUGUGUGGACAGAGAUAAAACCGGCGAGGGGGACUGCAGCUCCUGAGGGAACUGAAGGCCAGCCGUGUGCUCAGGAGUCGGGCGCUUUGGAGCAGCCAAAAGCAGAAAAAGGACGCUCCACAGAAAACUGCAUGAGCUCAGCCUGUUUUCGGCUGCCGGAUUCCCAGGAGGCAGCACCAGGCUCGGAUACAUGCUUAUCAAAAGCAGGCCUCCGGGCAGGAGCCAAAGUAGACCCCGAAGCCCCUGAAAAAGGACGGGAGGCUGCAGCGGUUCCUCAGCCCAGCAAGGUGGAUGUGAGCCAUGCUUCAGGGGAGAGGCCUGCCAGCCCACCGAAGUCGGGUGCUCGCGAUACUUCGCAGGACCCGUUACCCCCCAUUCAUCAAACAGCACAAUUGCCGGGAGAAAUUCAAACGGCCUAGAAGCGCUGUCCAAGUGAGGGGGAGUUUGGCCCAGUGCAAUUUCAGUAAUGCCAAACACAAACUAACACCAGCAAAUUGUUUUAGGAUACUCUAGCUUUGCUACAUAACAACAGCUGCAGCCAUUUUCGACAGCUUUCAAAAAUGAGAGGCCCAUUAAAAUACACCCACUCACACACAAUUCCCUUCCCCCCCACACACACACAUGAGUGCAGUUCAUUUUUCACUUGUGCAUAUGCAAAUUAUUUAGACUUUUGUUAGGAAGAGGUAAUUACUAUUAAGAUGGAUUAAGUAUAUUGGGAAUAAAUGCUUAGCAGUUAAUAGUGUUUAGGAAUGAAAGCAAUUUUAGAAUUUCUAUAUUGUAACUACUGCAAUAGGUUGUUGUUUUUAUUUGAUACACAAUUGUGUUUUUCAGUCCCUGAAUGAUGUCUUUAAAAGUAUGCAUUCUGUCAAGAACUGCAGAUCAGUGGAAACUGGUGCAAGAAAUAUGAUCUUUGGAUGUUCUGGGUGUCAUCCUGUGAUGAACAGAACCAAUUGUUGUUUCUGUAGGAAAAGGUGACAGUUAAAGGAGACAAUUUGCUGCAGUCCAUAAGUAUGUUCCAUUGCUCAGCUCAGUCCGGAAGGGCAUUUUUAGAGCAACCUUCACUUUGCUGUAACAUUUUCCUGGAAAAGGUUCUGAUCUCAAGUUAGGAGUGCAGAUUACAUUCAAAAUAUGUUUAUAGAUUCGUCCACAGCACAGCGCUAAGGUCACACCAUGUGUUCCAAAUGUUUAGUGGAGCAUGUGAAACAUUCCCAAAGAUAGUAUGAGAUAAGCUGUUAAGAACAUAAGAAGAACCUGGCUCGAUUAGAACAAAAGGCCCAUCUCAGGUUCUGCUUCCAAUAGACAGCCAUCUUGUGGGCAGGUGUGUUCAAAGGACCAUGAGGGCCAGCAUCCUUCCCUAUCCCAGCAGGGCUGCAGUGCAUGGAGCUGUUAAGUUGGGUAUCUGCUUUGUAGGGGUUUCCCCGUUUUCAAGCCACACAUUCCAACCCAAGUGCACAGCCACCGGUGUCCAACAUGCGCAGUGGGAGCUUCCACACUUCACCACCUCCUCUGUGCAUUCAAAAGAACUUGCAAAAGAACUUGCAUGCAUGUUUUUCACUAUAUCCAUCUAGUUUCUGUCUGCACAAGAAGAAACACCACUGAUCCCAUCAUACUUAUUUAUUAACAAUAUUUCCCCCCCGUCCUUUACGAGACGUCCCAGGACAUGUUACAGCCAUCUUCUUCACCAUGAACAGGACACAAGAACACCCUUAAGGAUCAUCAGGUCUUCGGAUCGGGGGACAACCUGCAGCCAACUUGUUCUAGUCAGUUCAUUUUUAUAUCACAUUUUUCACAAUACAUUGAGCUCAAAACAAAUA